AUGCCCGGUGUUCCGCCUAAUGCGCUUCGGCAGCUGAAGCAGGGUCUCAAGUCCCUGUUCAAGAGGAAGAAGAAGAACCCCCAGAACAAACCCGAAGGAGACAAACCCGCCGAUAAACCCGCGGAGGGCGCUGCUGCGCCGCCAGCUGAAGCCAAGCCUGACGAGUCCGCUCCGACUACAGACCCCAAGACAGGUAUGUCUACUAACCAAAACAUCCAAUCCAGCCAGAAGAUUGACAGUCCAAAAGAAGCACCCGCUACGGACAAGCCCGCUGAGAACGCAACUGCGGAGUCCUCCCAAACGAAGCCAGAGAAUCCUGAAGCUGCUCCGGCUCCCGAGGCCAAGCCAGAAGCUCCGGCCGGCGAAACAAAGACGGAUGGUGCUGCGGAGGCAAAGGCCAACACGGCCGCCCCAGCUGAGGUUCCAGCUGCGGCCGAAAAGGAGACGAAGCGUAAGCUCGGCCUGUCCUCUCCCAGCAAAUGA